CUACUCCUCUUCAUCAUCAUCACCAUCCUCCCUCCUAUGACUGAGCCCGGGAAGGGUGCGGCUUGUUCACUUUCCUCAGCCUGAGCCUGGAGGGGAGAAGCAUUGCUGUGACUGGAGUACACAAGUCGGUUAAUCUUAAUUUGAAAUGGCAUCAGUGUGGGUUGGCAGCAGAGGAACUGUUAAAGAUUUCCCUGGAUUCAGUGCAGGAAGGGAUGCUGAUGCUGUAAGAAAAGCAAUCAAAGGUCUCGGAACUGAUGAAGAUUCCUUAAUUAACAUACUGACACAAAGAUCCUGUGUACAGAGACAGUUAAUUGCAAAAGAAUAUGAGGCAGCCUGUGGAAAGGAAUUAAAAGAUGAUUUGAAAAGUGAUCUUUCUGGCAAUUUUGAACAUCUUCUGGUCUCCCUCACAUUACCUCCUGCUGUGUUUGAUGCCAAACAGCUAAAGAAAGCGAUGAAGGGCACAGGGACAACUGAAAGUAUCUUAAUUGAAAUCUUAGCAUCUAGAACCAGCAAACAAAUUAAAGAAGUUGGAGAGGCAUUUUACACAGUAUAUGGCAAAAGCCUUGGAGAUGACAUCAGUUCGGAGACCACGGGUGACUUUCGGAAAGCCUUGCUCUUUUUGGCUAACGCAAGACGUGAUGAAAGUUCAAAAGUGGAUGAACAUCUUGCUAAAAAGGAUGCCGAGAUUCUGUACAAUGCGGGGGAGAAAAAGUGGGGGACAGAUGAGGACAAGUUCAUUGAAGUUCUUUGUUUGAGAAGUUUCCAACAACUCCGGCUAACAUUUGAUGAAUAUCAGAAAAUCUGCAAUAAGAGUAUUGAAGAAAGCAUAGCUGGUGAAAUAUCCGGUCACCUUGAAGAUUUGCUUCUUGCCAUAGUAAAAUGUGCAAGGAGCACCCCUGCUUUCUUUGCUGAAAGGUUACACAAAGCCAUUAAGGGUGCAGGAACAGAUGAAUACACUCUUACAAGGAUUAUGAUCUCCAGAUCAGGAAUUGAUCUGUUGGAUAUCCGUGCCGAAUAUAAGACUCUUUCUGGGGAGUCCCUGCAUUCAGCUCUCAAGUCGGAUACCUCUGGGGACUACGAGGCAGCACUGUUGAAACUCUGUGGAGGAGAGGAUUAAAGGAAGAACAUGGUCAAACUAUUGCUACUGUGAAGAAAUACAAUUUUAUAAAGUUAUGCUUGUUUUGUCUCUGCUAAAUGUUAACACACAAAAUUACAGAACAGCUGCUAAUAAAGAAUACAUUGCUAUA